GUCACGUGCUCAGCAGUGGAAGAGGUUUUGCUCCUGUUUUGAUUGAGCUGAUUUUCGAGCGUUGAGUAAGAUUAUCUUUCCAGUAUUACAAAAUGUCAAAUAACAAGAAGAACUACAAUUGUAUUCAAUGCGACAAGUCUUUCAAAGACUCGCAAGGGUUGAAGAGGCAUAUGUUGGUUCACACUGGCGAGAAGCGGUACCAGUGCAAUCAGUGUGAAAAGCGCUUCAGACACUCAACCACCUUGAAAAGGCACCUGGUGGUUCAUAGCGACGAAAAACCCUUCAAAUGUCCACACUGUGACAAAGAGUUCAAACUUCAGUCGGGUUAUCAAAGACAUAUCGUUGUUCAUACCGGCGAGAAACCAUACAGUUGUACUCAGUGCGAUAAGCUUUUUAACCGCUUGUCGAGUUUGACAAGGCAUUUAAGAAUGCACAGCGGAGUAAAACUCUAUCAUUGUACUCAGUGUGACAAGCGUUUCACACAAUCGCUUAAUUUGCGAGUUCACUUGCGUACUCACAGCGGCGAGAAGCCUUUUUCGUGUCACCAUUGCAACAGGCAGUUCACGCAGUCUUCAAGCCUACGCAGGCAUUUGGAAAUACAUACCGGAGCGAAACCCUUUCAAUGUCUACGCUGUAACAAGUGCUUUAAGAAUUCGCGAAGUUUGGAACUGCACGAAAUGAAACAUCGUGGAAGCAGAAUUUACAAGUGCGAUCAAUGUGAAAAGACUUUCAAGACCGGGUCCACAAUGCGAAGACAUCAGCGAAUACACUCAGGAGAAAAGCCCUUUCAGUGUAGUUUUUGUAACAAGUGUUUUAAUCGCGGGUCAAAUUUACAGACACACCUCCGAGUUCAUACUGGAGAGAAGCCAUAUAAAUGUGACCAUUGUGACAAGUUUUUUAACCAGUUAUCAAAUUUGCGAACACAUCAGCGGAAAGCAGCAGAGAAAUCCGGUUCAAAGGUUGUUAUUGACACAAUUAUUUGUGCUUCGGAUGAAUUGAUCCAUCAAAACCAAGGAUAAAUAAUGUUUCCUGAAGGAAAGGAAGCAAGUAUUUGAACUGUAGGCGCCAUGUAAACUACCGAAACUGUUGUUGUCAAAUAUUGAAGCUAUUUUAUCAUCAUGCACGACACAGGUAAAAUUUUUUGCGUUGAUCCAAAGCAAUUUUGAAUUGUGGUUUAAAAGAAAAGCGUAUUUUGCGCAAGUGUCUAAAAAUCAAAAUAAAAGUUAUUACA